UGGAUGCAGAAGACGGCAACAAAACGAAGCAAUCAAAAUACGUUCUUUUUCCUCUCCGGUAUUUGCGGAAGUGGAAGAAAAACGAGCACAUUCCGCCCGCGGGAGAGCAAUGUGCAAUCGCUUAAGCAAAGCCGCUGUCCAAUAAUCACAAUACGAAAUGGAUGACGAAAUAGCUUCAUCAGAAUCGGUGGAGCAGCAGCAACAGCAGCCCAAAACGCAGGAAGACAUUCUGGCCGCACGGAGGGAAGCGCGGCGAAGGAAGAUAUUGGAAAACUCCAGCAACCGACUGUCGAAAAUAGUGGGCCAAGAGAUAGCGCCUCCACCACCGAAACCGGAGCCCAAAAUUGCCGAGGAAAGCAUUACGAGCGGGGACCCAUUCAGCAGCGACUCAACGUUGCCCGUCGAUGAUGAAACCACCUCGGAAUCUUCGUACGGCGUGUAUCCCGACCCGCAGGACGAACGCCUGGAGUACAUCAGCCCCCAAGUUGAGGCGCUGCUGGCAAACUCCGGCUUGAACGAUGACUCCUUUCUGAACGCCCUAACUGGAGGUGGCGGUGGAGCGGGCAGCUCCGUCCCGAACGGUGACAUCUUUCAUCUGCUCAACACACUCAACCAAGCACAACCGGCCAACGGGAGACUGUUCGAUGGGGCAGCCAGCACGCAGCGUCGAGCCGCCGGAAGCCAGCAGCAGCCUCCCACCUCAUCUCCCAGCAACAGUCGGUUUGCGCGAGCGCUGCGUACCAAAGUUCAUCUCGUUGUCGCAUCGAUCGUGGCCUACCUGCUGUUUGCCACCGGCAAUGAGGCGUACAUCGGGGGCAACGUGUUUCUGCCGCUGCUGGCCUGGGAGUUGAUUGAGCUGCUAAUGAUUGGGUCGGUCGAGCCGGCCGGCGGGCAGCAGCUGCUCGGUAUCGUCUUCAUGCUCGGCGGCAUACCGAUGAAAACGUCCCAAACGGUGAUGAAGCUGAUGAACACGGUCAACAAGGUGAUGAAGGACGUUGCGUUCUUUAUGUUCUUCUUCGUGCUCACGCACCUGCUUUGGAGCCGGCUGUGGUUGGGCAUCGAGCUGCGGUACGUGCUCGGGUACGAUCAGCUCGAAACGGUCUCGUAGGGAGUGUGUGGCCCGAUGCGGUAGGAUCUGUUUUUUUGUUUAGUUCUAUUCUUUCUCUUUGUUUUGUCUCUAUGGACCACUUUCGUAGGCGCCGACCAGGCUUGUUGGGAAAGGGAAGUAAUUGUCUGUCAUCUUUCAGUUUGUGCAACUAAUAAUGUAAACUCUGCCAUUGUGUGGUGCAUGCGUGUCGCUAUCGCUAAACUAUAAAUGUUGUGUUUUAUUUACCA